UAGAUACAAACGCCCAUAGAAAUUGCAAAUAUACAAAUAAAUGUUACGUGUGCUCGUUAAUUUAGUGCGGUAUCGAGAUAAGACCUAUUGUGCUAAAUGAAGCUGGUUCAAUCGCGCUCAAUGACAUCACAUACUAAAGGAGUCGCAACUGACUUUAAUUGACAACGGCGCAGAGAGCGACCGUCGACUGUUCCAAGCUGACCUCGCUUGCGACACGACUUGCUCGCCUGAUAUAAAAAUACGCUCAAUUUAAAAAGAAAAUGUCAACAUUUAUCGUCGGAUUCAUUUGCGCCAUUAUUUUGGCUGUCGUCUUGAUUGUAUGGCUGGCGUACUACAUGUUCUGUAGAGAGCGACACAAGCCUGAGCAUUACCAGUACAGUAUCGAAGAUUUGCGAAUCAGAAACAUCGAGAUUGCACAAGAUCAAGACGAUGGUGUAAAGAAAGAAGUGACGGCGCGCAGCGCCACAACACCGACGUCUAACAAACCUGUUAAUUAUUUCAUAAUGUAUUUUUCAUUGUAUUAUUAAUUAAUGUCACUCGUAUGUACCCACCAAGUUAAUAA